AUCCACCCCUUCAAACCACCCCUCAAGAAUUCCUCUCCAGCACACGAUAUCCAUUCUUGCCUACCGCUCUCUUUUCACUCCUGCAAGCAACUUCGUUCUCUUCUCACAAAUGGAUGGACAAUUUAGGAAGCUGGGAACCCAUGCUCCGGUCGUCGGACCACCUCCCAACCCAGCCGGUCCGGUGGCGACCCCGGCCGCGGCCGGGCCGAGCAGAUCCUUCACCCAGUUCGAUGCCAAUGUCAUCAUGAUUCUCGCAGCCUUCCUCUGUGCCAUGAUAUGCGCGCUCGCCGUCAACACCAUCGUCCGGUGCUGCCUCCGGUUCACGAACCGGGUUUGGGUCGGCCCUGAACCAGCCGGCACGUUGGACCAGCCGGCCCCGGUCCGGGUCUCCAGGAAGGAGGCCUUGAAGGCAUUGCCAACACUGGUCUACUCAACUGGGCUUGGGCUGCCGCUGUCCGGGUCCGACUGCGCCAUAUGCCUCUCCGAGUUCGCACCGGGCGAGCGAGUCCGGGUGCUGCCGAAGUGCAACCAUGGGUUCCAUGUCCGGUGCAUCGACCGGUGGCUCGCGUCCAGGUCGUCGUGCCCGAUGUGCCGGCAGUGCCUGUUCGGCUCGUGCCAGGUGAUCUUUGGGUGCAGGGAGGUGGCCCUGACUGGGUCGACUCAGUCGGCCCCCGUCCAAAUGAACCCAAUGGACCCUGAAGGUUUCCUGGUUGAGUACAGGGUGGAGUCCUAGCAGUUUGUUAACACGUGUACACUUGUUUAUACUUGGAGUGGGGUGUGUACUGGCUUUUAUAUA